AAUACUUCUUAGUAAUUUUUUAGUAUUAUUUAUAUUUACAUAUGACCAAGAUUAUAGUCCUCAAAUGUUGUAAAAAAAAAAAAACACACACACACGCAUUAAAAGGCUUUAGUCCGAAUAUCCAGAAGACAUGCUCUCCUAAGAAUCUAACGUAAGAGAGAGGCAGAGAGCUUAAGAGGAACAACUCCUCUGAAUAUCUAUAUUUUUUCUUACGCACGGUUCCAAAGGUAUCGGAUUUGUCAUAGAUUACAGCGUUUUAGCCAUGUCUCAGUCUCAGACCAACUGGGAAGCUGAUAAAAUGUUGGAUGUGUAUAUAUAUGACUAUCUUAUGAAGAGGAAAUUACAUUCUACUGCAAAAGCAUUUCAAGCCGAAGGGAAAGUCUCUUCAGAUCCUGUUGCUAUUGAUGCACCUGGUGGUUUUCUUUUUGAGUGGUGGUCCGUCUUUUGGGACAUAUUUAUUGCGAGGACAAAUGAGAAGCACUCAGAACCAGCUGCAUCAUACAUCGAGACUCAGUUGGCAAAGGCUCGGGAGCAGCAGCAGCAACAACAACAGAACCAGAAACCUCAGCAGCAUCAACAGAUGCAAAUGCAGCAGCUCUUGUUGCAGAGGCAUGCUCAACAGCAGCAACAGCAACAACAACAGCAGCAGCAGCAGCAGCAGCAGCAGCGGAGAGAUGGAACGCAGCUCCUAAAUGGCUCUGCCAAUGGGCUUGCAAGUGGUGACCCUCUUAUUAGACAGAACUCUGCGACUGCAACUGCAAAUGCGUUGGCAACAAAAAUGUAUGAGGAUAGACUAAAGCAUCCACUCCAGAGGGAUGCGUUGGAUGAUGGAGCUAUGAAGCAAAGGUUAGGUGACAAUGUCGGACAGCUACUGGAUCCUAAUCAUGCCUCAAUGCUGAAGGCAGGUGCAGCAGGUGGCCAACCUCAAGGGCAAACACUUCAUGGUACACCUGGGGGUAUUUCUGGAAAUCUUCAACAAGUUCAAAAUCGAAGUCAGCAGCUUCCAGGGCCUAUACAGGAGAUAAAGAGUGAGAUGAGUUCAAUGAUGAACCCCAGAGCUGCUGUUUCAGAAGGAUCAUUGAUUGGAGUUCAUGGAUCAAAUCAAGGCAGUAACAAUUUGACUUUGAAAGGAUGGCCUUUGACGGGGCUGGAGCAGAUUCGAACUGGGUUUUUCCAGCAGCAGAAGAUGCAGUCCCCUCAGUCUUUCAAUCAACUUCAGUUACAGCAGCAACUAAUGCUUCAGGCACAGCAAAACUUGGCAUCUCCAUCUGCCAAUGAUUUGGAAUCUAGAAAACUAAGAAUGUUUCAAAACAAUCGUAAUAUGGGUCUUGCGAAGGAUGGCCAGUUAAAUUCUGUUGUUGAUAUGGUUCCUAGUGUUGGAUCACCAGUUCAAGUUGGUUCCCGUGCAGAUACAGAGCUGCUAAUCAAGUUACAGCAGCAACAAAUUCAGAACAAUCAGCAGCAGCAGCAUUAUGCGCAACAUCCACUUUCUAGUCAACAUUCUCAAAAUUCAAACCACCACCUCCAGCAGCAAGAUAAAAUGAAUGGUGCUGGAAGCGUCACAGCGGAUGGUAGCAUUUCAAAUACCUUUCAAGGAAGCGAUCAGGCUCCAAAAACUCAAAUUGUGCGAAAGAGAAAGCAGCCAGUAUCAUCUUCAGGUCCUGCCAAUAGCUCUGGGACUGCAAACACCACAGGACCAUCCCCAAGUUCACCUUCAACACCUACUACUCACACACCAGGAGAUGUGAUGUCAAUGCCAAGUUUACCACAUAAUGGUGGUUCCUCUAAGUCUCUACUUAUGUUUGGUUCUGAUGCGGUGGGCCCACUUACAUCAGCACCAAAUCAGUUGUCUGAUAUGGACCAGUUUGUGGAUGAUGGGUCCUUGGAAGAUAAUGUUGAGUCAUUCUUGUCUCAAGAUGAUGCAGACCCUAGGGAUAGUCGAGUUAAUCAAUGUUCUGGUGUCAGCAAAGGCUUCACAUUUACGGAAAUCCGGCGUAUUCCUGCAAGUAGUACAAGUAAAGUUGAAUGUUGUCACUUCUCAUCAGAUGGGAAACUGCUUGCUACUGGUGGUUUUGAUAGAAAAGUUGUAUUGUGGUGCACAGAAUCCUUUACAAUGAAGUCUACACUUGAAGAGCAUUCUCACUGGAUAACUGAUGUCCGUUUCAGUCCAAGUAUGUCUCGACUUGCUACAUCUUCAGCUGACAAAACUGUCAGGGUUUGGGAUGCUGAUAAUCCCAGUUAUUCUCUUCGUACUUUUACGGGGCAUUCUGAUACUGUUAUGUCAUUGGACUUCCAUCCUAGUAAAGAGGACCUUAUCUGCUCUUGUGAUAUUAAUGAGAUAAGAUACUGGAGUAUCAAGAAUGGCAGUUGUACCGGAGUUUUCAAGGGUGGUGCGACCCAGGUGAGAUUUCAACCUCGUGCUGGAAGGCUUCUUGCUGCUGCAGCAGAGAAUCUUGUAUCCAUACUUGAUGUAGAGACCCAAGUUUGUAGGCUUAAAUUACAGGGCCAUAAAAACAUGGUCCAUUCUGUCUGCUGGGAUCCUACUGGUGAAUAUCUGGCAUCUGUGAGUGAUGACUUGGUUAGAGUGUGGACAAUUGGCUCUGGAAACAAAGGGGAAUGUAUUCAUGAAUUGAGCUGUACUGACAACAAAUUUAAUAACUGUGUUUUCCAUCCUACUUAUCCUACGCUGUUGGUCAUUGGCUGUUAUCAGACUUUGGAACUUUGGAACACAAGCGAGAACAAGACAAUGACUCUACAUGCACACGACAAACUAGUGUCUGCCUUAGCAGUAUCGAGUGCUGCAGGUUUGAUAGCUACAGCUAGUCAUGACAAGUAUGUCAAGCUCUGGAAGUGACUUACUGCUUUUCCCCCCUGACAAAGUUGGUAUGCCUUCUCCAUUAUGUGUAUCCAGAAAUGCUCAGCAGGUUUUCCACACAGAUACUUUUGUAGCUGUUUAUAUUUCCUUACAGUCUACCUUGGCAAGGAAAGAAGAGUAUUUAGAUCAUGACCCAGAGAAGUCAACUUUUGCAUCAAAGCUAACUUUGUUACACACAAAAUCCGCUUGACAAUGUUCCUAUAGAGUUUUGGUUCAGACUUACAAAAGAUGUAAAUUUUUUUUUUUUAAUACAGAAUUCUCCUUUUUGUUGAUGAACAUCAGCAGCAUGACAUCCUGUUAUGUUAUAUGAAUCACCCUUUUGAAAGGCAUUAAAUAUGAUGGGGCUUCAGAUUUUAUA